AUGUUAUCGAGGAGAUUUCUGCCAAUUGUACGAACUAACAAGAGUGCCAUCCCUAAUGUUCUGACUAAAAGUUCUGAGAAUUUUGUAUUAUCAAACACAUCAUCAAACUCAUCAUUGUUAAAUGAAAACCCUGACAAAAAAUUCACAAUGUUAACUUAUAACAUGUUAUCUCCUCAUUACAUGUGGCCGCAAGUAUACACGUAUGUUCCAGAUCAAUAUAAGGACUGGAAAUAUAGGCAUAAAUUGUUAGAGUUUGAAUUGAUGCAAAAAUAUAAAGCAGAUAUUAUGUGUUUGCAAGAAUUAACAUGGGAAGAUUACAUCAGUUAUUGGAAACCAAAAUGUAAUGAGAAAAUGAACUAUGGUUCUAAAUUCGUAGCGAAAACCCCACCUGCAUAUUGGGAAAAGACAAAGCAAGAAAUGGAUGGGGAAGGUAUCUUUUUCAAUCAAGAGAAGUUUGAAUAUAUAUCAUCAACAAAAUUGUUUUUAAAUGACGUUGUUGGUACAUUUGAAGAACAUGAGAUAGAAUAUAUGAAGAAGAAAAUAGUUACGUUGACUGAUGGUGCAGGUAAACCAACCGGCACAAAUAAUUUAUUCACCGUUGCGACUACUAGAAACCAAGUUUGUCUCUUUGUUUCAUUGAGACAUAAAGCGACUAAUACAGUAUUUGUUGUCAUAAAUACGCAUUUAUACUGGAAAUACGAUGAAGUCAAGCUAACACAGUGCAUGAUUAUAAUGAGAAAACUUUCCCACAUCAUUAAUGAAUUGUUGAUUGGUUCAAACGCCAAAAUUGUAGACAACUCAACAAUAUCAAAAGAUGUCAAAAUAAUAUUCUCAGGUGACUUAAACUCUGCUAGGGAUUCCUUGGUUAUACGGUUUCUAAAAGGCAAGAUCAUCAACCAUGGAAAUCUGAAUAUGAUUAAUCCAAUGAAACCUUACUUAAAUAGAAGUUGUUACGACGACAUUCCGGAAGGUCUAUUCGAUAACACAUGUUACUCGGGUAAAUUAAAGGGUAUAUUUGAUUAUGUAUGGUAUCACGACACAGAUCUACAAAUCAGAAAAAUACUGACCGGUGUAGAGGUCUCCCAAGAGCUAGCUAGAGCGCAUCAAUUCGGUUUACCGAAUGCUAAUCAUCCAAGUGAUCAUAUUCCAUUAUUAACAGAGUUUGAAAUUCUCUGA